AAACAAAGUUUCCAUAUUCAGGAUUUCUAAAACAAGAUGAACAGCCUUGUGUUGCUAAAGCUAACAUGUCUUGUAUUGUUCCUUGGAACCCUUGUAGUAUGGAUUGUAUUGCCCAUGGAAUUUUUCAAGUAUGAUUCAACUCCCAAAUUAACAAAGAGGUUCAAUCCAUCUUACAUUGGGGGGCAAGGAACAAAUCUUUUCUUGCUUACUUUUCCUAUGAUAUUGAUUGCUGUUCUAGGCUGCAUUUAUCUUCAUAUUAAAAGCAAAAAUGAGGCUUCCAUGAAAAGAUCUUCAACUCAGCAGCAUCUAAGCUCUUUGAGACGCCCAUUCCUUGUGUUGGAUCCUCUAGGGGUAGUUACACUAAUGGAGCUCAUUUUUCUUAUUAUGGGUAUUGCCCUUGUGAGUUGGCAUUUUGGCAACUACUACUAUGUAAGUGUUAAGAAUCCAUUCGUAAUGCCCGGCAUGGAGCACCAAAAACAGUGGCAAACUCGGUUCCGUGCUGCAUCCCUUCGAAUCGGCUAUGCUUCAAACAUAGCCUGGGCCUUUGUGUUCUUUCCAGUUACACGAUUAUCAUCAAUUUUACCUCUUGUGGGUCUCACAUUUGAGUCAAGCAUCAAGUAUCAUAUAUGGACCGGACAAGUUGUUAUGAUCACUUCUGCACUUCACAGCAUUGGCUUUAUCAUUUACUGGGCUAUCGUUAACACAAUGUCCGAGAUGCUAGAAUGGGCCAAGGAUUGGGUGUCAAAUGUAGCAGGAGAAAUUUCAUGGGUGUUUUUAAUAGUUAUGUGGGUGACAAGCUUUGCAUACACCAGAAGGAAGACAUUUGAAGUCUUCUUUUACACACACCAACUCUACACUCUAGCAACUUUCUUUUAUGUCAUACACAUUGGGGUUGCCUGGACUAUGCAGAUUCUCCCCGGAAUUUUUCUUUUUGCACUUGAUCGUUACUUAAGGUUCCUUCAAUCAAGGUCGUGUGCUAGACUGAUUUCAACUCGAAUUCUUCCUGGUGGGGCUGUUGAAAUGACCUUUUCCAAGUCUCCAGGCUUACGUUACAAUGUGACUAGUAACUUAUUCGUAAAUGUACCUAAAAUUUCCAAGUUACAGUGGCAUCCUUUUACUGUGACUUCGAAUGAUAAUAUGGAUACUGAUAAACUAAGCAUUGUGUUCCAAAGCGGAGGGAGUUGGACAACAAAGAUGUACCAAGAGCUUUCAUCCUCUUCGCUUGAGAGGCUUGAAGUCUCUGUUGAAGGACCGUAUGGACCUUCAUCAAACGACUUCUUAAAGCAUGAAUCACUUGUGCUGAUCAGUGGAGGAAGUGGGAUAACCCCAUUUAUACCCAUAAUUCGAGAGAUUAUCUAUCAAUCGAAUAUCCACAAAGAACCGGUCCCAAAUGUUAAACUCAUCUGUGCCUUCAAGCAUGCAGUUGAUCUCGCCAUGCUUGAUCUCUUGCUUCCUUCUGGGAGUACGAUAAGUGAUCUCUCAAAAAUCCAACUAGAAAUACAAGUAUAUGUGACUAGAGAAAACCAGCCUCCUGAAUCCGAUAGCCAAAAGCUCUUCCAGACCAAAUAUUUCAAGCCCAACCCAUCUGACUUGCCCAUCUCCCCAGUUUUGGGUCCCAACAGCUGGCUAUACCUUUGCCUCAUUACCGCAUCCUCGUUCAUCCUGUUUCUCGUCCUACUCACUUUGGUGACUCAAUAUCAUAUCUAUCCAAUCGAUCAAGGAACAAACAGAACAUACAAUUUUACAAUUUGGGUAUUGUGGGAUCUUUUCUUAAUGUGCAUCAGCAUUAUACUAAUCAGUAGUGUCAUCUUCCUGUUGCAAAAGAGAAAGAUCACAAUCGAAGCAAAACAGAUCAAGAAUGUCGAAAUUCCAAUGCCUGUAACAUCUCCUGGAUCUUGGCUAUAUAGCAGGGACAGGGAACUUGAAAGUCUUCCAUAUCAGUCACUUGUUCAAGCUACACAAGUGCACUAUGGAGGAAGACCUGAUCUCAAAAAAAUAUUGUCGGAAUGCAGAGGAAAAGAUAUCGGAGUCAUGGCUUCUGGGCCAAGAGGCAUGAGACAUGAUGUUGCAAGGUUAUGUUCUAGUGGCAGUAGUGGAGCAAAAACUCUGCAUUUUGAGUAUCUUAGCUUCAACUGGUGAUUUGUUUCAAAUGAAUAUAAACUAAACUCUAUAUACAAUGUACUGGACUGCACAUAGCAUAUUCUUCUGAAUUUUGUAUCUUUUUUUUUUUUUGUUUUUGCUUUGUUUUUGUGUAUGCCUUUUUGGUUUUUUGGUUUUUUAUUUGUUGGUUUUUCAAAUAGCUUUUCAAUUGACAUGUACUAGUAUGAGUUUGCAAGUGAUGAAGUGAUGUGUGUCGAUUCAACUAAAAUGUAAUACAAACUUGAUACAUUGAAAUCACU